AUGAAGACCUACUUCUCCCCGUCUUCUACCGUCACACUCUCGAUCUUGGUGGGAUGUGCACAGGGGCACGGGUACUGCUCCAAACCUCAGGCGACAUUCAAGCCGGGUGAGGUGUACACGAACUACGUCGGCAUCACCAGCGCGAGCAUCAACAAGGGCUUUGACGGUGGCGUCUACAACCACGAGCCUAUGCUCGACUCUGUCGUGCCAGGCUGCGGCAACUCAGAUGACACGGCGGUGGCCGUCGAUGUGAGCGGUUAUACCGAUAUGUGGUGGCAGAACAACGAGUACCAGGAAGGGUUCCUGGAGUCUCGCCACCGUCGCAUGCCGCUCUCGGAUCUUUACGUCAUCGCAGGCAUGUACGUCGUGGGGCGCUUGCUGCUCACUCCCGCUGGCGGCCCAGGCGACGAUAUCACCAUCGACAAAGGCACCUCGAGGCUGAAUGAAGGGAAUUUCGUGCUGCUGCUGUUCACGCUUGCUGCCGUUGACGCGAGGGCCCACUAG